CCCCCGCCCUCCCAACCCCCCAAACGCCGCCCGUGGGGGGCCGGGGGCUCCGGGGGCGCCCGGAAACGCCAGCGCUACGUGGAGAAGGACGGCAAGUGCAACGUCCAGCACGGCAACGUGCGCGAGACCUACCGCUACCUGACCGACAUCUUCACCACCCUGGUGGACCUCAAGUGGCGCUUCAGCCUCCUCAUCUUCAUCCUGGCCUACGCCCUCACCUGGCUCUUCUUCGGCCUCAUCUGGUGGGUCAUCGCCUACAGCCGCGGCGACCUGGAGCACCUGGGCGACGGCAGCUGGACGCCGUGCGUCAACAACCUCAACGGCUUCGUCUCGGCCUUCCUGUUCUCCAUCGAGACCGAGACCACCAUCGGCUACGGCCACCGCGUCAUCACGGACACGUGCCCCGAGGGCAUCGUGCUGCUGCUGCUGCAGGCCAUCCUGGGCUCCAUGGUCAACGCCUUCAUGGUGGGCUGCAUGUUCGUCAAGAUCUCGCAGCCCAACAAGCGCGCCGAGACGCUGGUGUUCUCGUCGCACGCCGUGGUGUCGCUGCGCGACGACCGCCUGUGCCUCAUGUUCCGCGUGGGCGACCUGCGCGACUCGCACAUCGUGGAGGCGUCCAUCCGCGCCAAGCUCAUCCAGUCCAAGCAGACGCAGGAGGGCGAGUUCAUCCCGCUCGACCAGACCGACCUGAGCGUGGGAUUCGAGACGGGCGACGACCGCCUGUUCCUGGUGUCGCCGCUCAUCAUCAGCCACGAGAUCGACGAGCGCAGCCCCUUCUGGGACGUGUCGCGGGGGCAGCUGGAGAGGGACGACUUUGAGAUCGUUGUCAUCCUCGAGGGCAUGGUGGAGGCCACAGGGAUGACGUGCCAGGCUCGCAGCUCGUACCUGGCGGACGAGGUGCUGUGGGGUCACCGCUUCACGCCGCUGCUCAGCCUCGAGGAGGGUUUUUACGAGGUGGACUACGGGGGCUUCCACCACACGGUGCCCGUGCCCACGCCGGCCUGCAGCGCCCGCCAGCUCGCCGCCGCCGCCGCUCGCCGCGAUGCCCACCUCUACUGGUCCAUCCCCAGCCGCCUGGACGAGGCGGCGGCCGCGGGGGGCGAGGGGGACCCCGAAAUCUCCCCCUGCGAGAGCAACGGGACCCUGGCCAGCCCCGAGUCGCGGUGAUGAUCCCAAAAUCCGGGUGUAUAUAAUC